CCGUAGGCUCAGCCUCUUGAGUGCGUCGUCUUGAGCCUAUUGUGGGAGACGGUCCAGAGCAUCCAGCUGUACCUUCAGAGAUUUCAAAAUUUUCUCAAGACCAGCAAAAUAUGAAGAAAUCCUAUGGAUCCUUAUCAUUUGAGGAUGUGACUGUGGGCUUCACCCAGGAGGAGUGGCAGCAGCUGGACCCUGCUCAGAGGACCCUGUACAGGGAUGUGAUGCUGGAGAACUACAGUCAUCUCAUCUCAGUGGAUAGGGAUUGUUUUCCAUGUAGACUCCUACUUUGCACGUCCAUUCUUGGUUGCUGAAACCUGUGGGGGCUUUUUUGAAUUUAAUGCUUUUUCAGGCUUGAGAUUCAGGGUGAUAAGCAGAACUGUUCAGACAUCAUGAAGAAUGUUUUUUCCCCCCAAUAAAAGAUUGAAAUUGGUCCCUGAAGCUUCAUUUUCUGUUUUCCUCAGAAGCCCUAAAGCCCUUGAGACUAGCCCAAGUCCUGUGUCAUUUCCCAUUCACAGGAUAUUGCAUCUCUAAACCAGAGCUGAUCUUCAAGUUGGAGCAAGGAGAGCAGCCAUGGAUGUUAGAGAAAGAGUCCCCAAGCCAGGACUACCCAGAAGUCUGCAAAAUUUAUUACCAACUAGAGCAGAGUCAAGAAAUCCAAGACAGACAUUUCUGGCAAGCUCCAUUUAUCAGCAACAAAACACUGGCUAUAGAGAAAGGUAAUGUAUUAGGAAGAGUGUUAAACUUUAGCCCAGACCCAGUUCCUCCCAUAAAAAUACCCUGUAAAUGUGACACUAGUGGUAUGAGUUUGAAAUACAGUUCAGAAUUUAUUAUUGAGGAAAACUAUGUAAGAAGCAAGUCUGAUGGAUACCUCAAUGCAUAUGGAAAAUGGUUUCUUCAUGUUAAUCAUGAAAGAAUUCAUAUGGGAGAGAAACCUUACGAAUUCAUUCAAAAUGGAAAGUACCUCAGUCAUAAUGAAGACUUCAUUCCAUGUCAGAAAAUUAAAAAUGUAGAACAAUCUUUUGAAUACAAAGAAAAUGGGAAAGAUUUCCAUGAGAAGACAGUUUUCAUCACAUAUAAAUACACUCACAUAGGACAGAGUCCUUGUGAACAUAAUGAAUGUGAUAAAACAUUCUGUAAUUAUUCAACUCUCAUGGCCAAUAAGAUGGCACAACAAAGAGAAAAUCUUUAUAAGUUUAAUGAAUAUGGUAAAAUCUUUGAGACAUUAUCUCUUUUGAAAUGUAGAAUUCAUUUGAAGGUGAAAGAUUAUGAUUGUAUUGAAGGAGUGGAUAAUUUCAGCAGAUCAACCUUUCCUAAUGCAGGAAACAGAACAUUUGAAUGUAGCAACUUGAGGGGACCUUUCUGGGAGAAGUCAAUUCUUAGUGUAACUCAGAGAACAUGCAUAGGAGACAAAGCCUGUGAACGUAAUGAAUGUGGAAAAGCAUUCUGCAAAAAGUCAAAACUCACCAGACAUCAGAGAACACAUACAGGAGAGAAACCUUAUGAAUGUAAUGAAUGUGGGAAAUGCUUCUCUAGGAAAUCCCUUCUCAAUUUACAUCAGAGGAUACACACAGGAGAGAAACCCUAUAAAUGCAAUGAAUGUGGGAAAUCCUACUCUAGGAAUUCACACCUCAUAAUUCAUCAGAGAACUCACACAGGAGAGAAACCCUAUGAAUGUAGUCAAUGUGGGAAAAGCUUCUACCAUAAGUCAUAUCUUACAGUACACCAGAGAAUUCACACAGGGGAGAAACCUUAUGAAUGUAAUCAAUGUGGAAAAACCUUUAUAAGCAACUCAGUUCUCACAAUACAUCAGAAAACACACACAGGCAAGAAACCCUAUGAGUGUAAUCAAUGUGGGAAGUUCUUUUCCAGGAAUUCAUACCUUACAAUACAUCAGAGAACUCACACAGGUGAGAAACCCUAUGAAUGUAAAGUAUGUGGGAAAACCUUCUGUCACAAGCCAGAUGUCAGUAAACACCAGAAAACUCACAUAGGGGGGAAACCCUAUAAAUGUAAUCAGUGUGGGAAAACCUUUAGUCGCAACUCAGGCCUAAAAGUACAUCAGAGAACCCACACAAAGGAGAAACCCUAUGAAUGUAAUGAGUGUGGAAAAUCUUUCUCUGAGAACUCAGUCCUCACGGUGCAUCAGAGAAUACACACAGGGGAAAAACCUUAUGAAUGUAAUGAAUGUGGGAAAACCUUCUACAAUAAGUCAGAUCUCACUAAACACCAAAGAACUCACACAGGUGAGAAACCCUAUGAAUGUACAGAAUGUGGGAAAUUUUUCUCUAGGAAUUCCUAUCUUACAGUACACCAGAGAACUCACACAGGGGAGAAACCCUAUGUGUGUAAAAAAUGUGGGAAAACCUUCUGCCAUAGGUCAGACUAUACAGUACAUAAGAGGGCACACAGAGGGGAAAAGUCUUAUCACUGUGAUCAGUGUGGGAAAACCUUCACUUGCAAUUCAGUCCUUAGAUCACAUCAGAGAACUCACACAGGGGAGAAGCCCUAUGAAUGUAGUGAGUGUGGGAAAUCUUUCUCUGAGUAAUCAGUCCUCACUGUACAUCAGAGAAUACACACAGGGGAAAAACCUUGUAAGUGUAAUGAAUGUGGGAAGCCCUUCUGUCAUAAGUCAGAUCUCACUAAACAUCAGAGAACACACACAGGAGAGAAACCCUAUGAAUGUAAUCAUUGUGAGAAAACCUUCAGUUGCAACUCAGGUCUCAAAGUACAUCAGAGAAGACACAUAAAGCAGAAACCCUAUGAAUGUAUUCACUGUGGGAAAACCUCUAAGAAAUCAGUUCCCACAGUCCAUUCAAAAUUAUACUCAGGGGAAGAAAUCUUAUAGCAGUGAGAAAAAUAUUUAGUGAUUCAUACCUCAAAAUAGUGUGGAGAAGUCACACAGGAUGUUACCCUCUAUGAAUGUAAAGUGGCAAAUUUUUCACCCUAAGUGAUAUUCUAGAGUAAAUAAAGAGUACCCAUAGAGGAAAUUAUUAUGAAUAUAAUGAAUGUCUGAAAAUAUUAGUAAGACAACUAAAAAUGAAUACAUGUAGAAAAAACUUUAUUAAUGUAUUUAGGAAGUGUGGGAAAAUAUAAGUUAGGGCUUAUCAAACAAAUAAUUUUGUAGGGGAUAAUUCUGUGAAUCAAAUGGAUGUAGGAAAGUGUUCUUCCAGAGCUUGGCCAUUGCUAACAAUCAGAUAAACUAUACUUGGGAAAAACUGUCAAUAACUUGUAUUUUUUGAGACCUUCAUACACAAGUUGUACUCAUUGUAUGUCAGGGAAUAACAGGGAAGCUAUGCAAAGAAUACAGCAAGUAUAGUUGAGCUUAUAUCAAGAAAUGCCAUUUUACUGAAUAAGACAAUUGAUGUUAGAUGAGGUCUUCAAAAUGUUUUGAAUGUGAAGGCUUUAACAAAAUUCAGACUUUAUUAUAUCUGAAGAUUGUAUUGGAGGAAGUCUGUCCAUUUAGGAAGUAUGGACAGAAAUUUUCCUUUAGAUAUGAUGUUAUUCUAAAAGUUAUGUUUUGCACUGCUUUCAAUUUUUUAAAUAGAAAUAAAACUGAAAAUAGACAUGAAAAUAUUAACUGUGGAAUAUGAAGGAAUAAUAUGUGGAAUAUGGACUUUUUAAAAGCACAAAUAUGUUGAAUAAUCUCAGUUUCUGAUUCCACUUUUAGAGAAAUGCAUGUCAGCCCAUGGCCCUCCCCUUUAUGAGCCAUCACAUGUUUUUAGUGAGUUUUCAUCACGGCUGUGCUGUCACCCCUGCAAACACAGUCAGUUCUGCAUAUCUGUAUCUUCCUAUCUGUGGUUCCAUGGUUGAUUGAAUUCUCAAUGCAGAACCCAAGGAUACGGAGGGCCCGCUGUAAGGGACUUGAGCAUCAGCUGAUUUUGGUAUUUGAGGGGGUGUCCUUGAGCCAAUCCCUAGCAGAUACUGAGGGAUGACUGUAGUGCCUAAUGGUCUGGUUCAUCCUGGGGCCGACCUCUAGGGAAUCUCAGCGUAGACUAGAUCCCAUCAGAACAAACACCAGGGGCAGCUUUGAGGCUGCAUCUGUCUCCUCUCCUUAGGUUCAGUAACUGGAAAGCUGAGUGUGUGAAUGAAGCUAGAAUACUGCCUGGAAUACUCUAGGACAUGUGACCUCAAUGCUCCAAUUCAGAUUUACAGGAAGCUUUUCAUAGCUUCCUUCUUGAAGCUAAGUCUGUUGACCCAAUUACAGCCCACCCUUUUAGGGGAGGGAAACUUGGUAUAGUUGUAGUGAAAUAUUUCAUACAUAUGUCCAAUUUUGAGUCAGAUAUAACCAAUGAGUGUACCCGUUGCAGGUUGGAAGUAAAGUAUUACAAGAAGAGUUGAUGCAUCUGCAUACUGUCCUCAAACCCAUUUUAUAUCCUGUAACUGCUACCAUCUUCAACAUGUCUCAUUACCUCUACAAUAAUACACAUAAGUUAUUUUGUGUAUGUGUGUGUAAUAACAUUGUUUUGCAAGUAUAUCAGUGGGUACCUGUUCUGCAACUUGCUUUUGUCUUCAGAUGUGUGGUUUUGAUAUUUGUACAUGUUGAUAUAUUUUGCUUUAGUUGAUUUAUUUUAAUAAAACAUAAUAUAUGACUAUGUAACUAUAA